GUCGCUUGGGGAUAGGUCUCGUUUUUUUGAUCCAAUUUGUUCCGUCUUUAUCGUGGUUGCGAUGGGGCUGAUUUCGCUCAUACAGCCUUGGAGUUGUCUCUUGGUUAUCACGACUAUUGUUUCGUCAACCCUCAACAACAAUGAUAACACCCAAGUCUCUUGGGGAAGUUAUGAUCCACUCAUCGCCGCCAAAUUGGAACAACAAUGUCCAUUGGAAAAUUUUGAGCGGGUUGCGCAAGUCAGUGAAUGGCACCCAUGGACGCAAGAACCAGUAUGUGUCGGUCCAAAGGCAAACAAGGAACGGCAGUAUUGCGCUUUCAUCAAAGAAGACUUUCGAGGGAAAAAAAGUCUUCUACUUAUCACAAGCCCAGAGGUUGCAGCCGGUGUUGUCAGUCUCGUCGAGGAUAUCGACUCCGAACGGGCCAAUAUUCAACCUUCACUUGAGCCGGCCGACCCACUCCCCUUUGAAGUUGAGACGAUACCGGGUAAAGGUUUAGGAGCCGUCGCAAACAGGCACAUCCGCUCGGGAGAUGUCGUCUUGAGGGAACACCCUGUAAUUCUGCAAUUGGCGCAAGUAUCUGAGUCGAUUAGCCGGAUUCAGGCUCUAUGGGUGCUAGAGGAGGGCUUCAUUCGGCUGCCGAUAGAGGAUCAGCAAAGAGUAUUUGAUCUUUCUAGAAGCACCGGGGGCCAUAUUCUGGAAGAUAUCAUCCGAACAAAUACGUUUGGCGGAAGUUUCAACAACAUUGCCCACUUUGGACUGUUUCCAGACGUUGCGAGAAUCAACCAUGCUUGUAAACCCAAUGCAAUCACCCGCUUCUCGCCCCGGACUUUGGAGUUAGAAGUCUUGGCGUACAAAGACAUCUUGCCGGGCGAUGAACUAAGCAUCAGUUACUCGAUGCUAAACAUGCUUUACCAAGACCGACAAGAUGCCCUCCAGGAAUGGGGGUUCAACUGCACUUGCGCGCUCUGUAGCUCUCCUCCCGAAGUGCUGGCCAUCUCAGAUGCCUAUCGCAGACGGCUGCAGGAGAUCCUCUCAGAGCUCGAGGACCCGGUCCUCGCCAGCUUGCCGUCCUUGGUGGCUGAGCUUGUUGACGAGCUUGAGUAUAUCAUGGUAAAAGAAGGGUUGACAGCGCAGGCGGGCGAGUUCUAUGGCAUAGUUGCUGGGGUGUACCGCAACAUGGGGGAGAUGGGAAUAAGUAAAAAAUACGCAGAGUUGGCAGUGGAGAAGCUGGUGCAAUUUGCGGGGUACGACGAUGAGAGGACGGUGAGGGCAAGGGAAGUUCUUUUGGAGUUUGGGGGAACGUAACUCGGCACGGGGCAAAGGAUCGCGUUGGGGUAAAUUUGGAGGCGGCGCGGUAGCAACACUCAAAAGAGCACAUUCACGGAUCAAAGGGGUAUAAGUGGUGUGUGUUUUCUGGAACCGGGGGCCAUAUUCCUCAUUCAGAGGGGGUGAUUCGUUUAUCCCACCCCCGUCAUGGCCCAUGGGGAAGGCAGGAGUGACAUGGCGUGUCACUUUGCCUGGUCCGGGGAAGCGAGCAAGUUGACAGGUUGCGGAGAAUUUCUUGGUGGAGGAGGAUUACACCGGCGCAGCGGGUUGCUUGACAUGUUGACACGUUUGGGACCGGCUAUGCGGCACCUUCAUUGAUGAGAUGACGGACGCGGGCCGGGGUGAUGGUUCAUGUCAUGUCUCGAUUAGGUUGCGGGAGGAUGUGCCCGCUGCAGCAUCCCACCGGGCAUUUUGUUUCCAGACUGUAAAGAGAAAUAAUAUCAGACGGUUGAACGAGAAGUGUAGAUGCGGG